AUGGCCACCACAAAGGCACCUGCGCAGCAGGCGCCUCCCACGAUCCAGAACAACACAGGUCGCAUCAAGUACGCCGACCCUCGCAGUCUACCAAGCUUCCCGUCAUCUGGGUUGGCGCCCGACGGUGCCGCAGCCAGCGCCGCUGCGUCGCUCGGCUGGUCAAACCAAAAAACCGUUCAUCUCUGGAAGCCUGAUCCCUCAUGUUCAGCUUCCGCCGCUGCUGUCUUGGCCAAGGACUACAAGAUGGCGCCGCAGUGGGAACCAGCGGCCCAGUCAGAUGGUCACAAGGCUGCGCUUCUUGCUGUUGGUUCUGCUGGCGCAGCUCUCAAAAAAUCCGACAUCACCAAGUCUGGGCCUUCACAAGGCACGUGGGGAAACUCAGCAGCGACCCAAGCUUUUCAUGCCAACAGGACAGCGUCAGCAGAACCUCUAAGUUUUACUCAUGGUAGCUCAGCGGCUACACAAGCAUUCAACGAGGAUCGAUCCCAGUCUAUGAGAAAAUCGCAACGGCCUCACACUCCGCCCGGGGACAAGUCUCUGGUCGCCGCCAAGGGAGCCAUGAGACGCCCACUGUCGUCCACCGGUCUAGCCGACGUUCAAGCAUCAGAAGCUAGUGCUGCUGCUAGCGCUCUCAACGGUGCUACUUUGGCUCACAGAAAGUCCAUGACGGCCAAGCCGGGCUUGGACGAGGUCGGUGCCGUUUCUGUUACGACUAUGACCCGAAACAUGUUUACUUCACACCCCCCCGUGAAGCCCGAGGUUGACGAGCACACUUACAACGAAAAAAUUCACCAAUCUGCCGUUGAAAUGGCGAAGAAGAUGUACGCCAGACAGCAACUCUCAGGAGACCAGUCCAAGGACGCACUCGGACAUGGGUCCGGGGCGCCUCAACCGAAUCAGUACAUGAACCUCCAAGAAGCGGCUUACAAGCAAGCUCAGGCACGCAUCGCUAAACUUCACGAUGAGUAUCAUCAAAGCCGAGAGUUUCAGGAGUACUACGGAAACGAGAAGGCAACCAACCCAAAACACAGAUUCUCAAUGUCGCGGAAAUGGGGACGUCGAGGCUCGCAUAGCGAUGAUGACUUGGACGAUCGUCAGCAAUCUGAAAAGAUUCGCGAGCAAAUGUCGAUGUUUUCCAGCAAGCUGUCACAAGUGGACCAGGACAAAAGAGAAAAGGAUCGUGAGGCCCUUCUCGCAGCAGCGCAACGCAACGUCAGGGAACAAUUGCACGGCAUGGACGAAAAGGUGUACCAAGAAACAGGAAGAGCUAACCCCAGUUUGGUCACUGAUUGGGAGGCCAAGGCCCAGAAGGCUGCUCAGGCUCAAUACGAAUCACGAAAAGACGAUUCCAAGGGCAAGAUUGACAUUGGAGGUGGUAUUUUUAUGACACAGGAAGAGAUAAAUGCUAUUGCGUCCAAGAAGAUUCAGCCUGUACUUGACGAUAUCAAUGGUAAGGCUGAGGCUGAGCGUGAGAGGCAAGAAGUGCUCAGAAUGGAGGACCAGGCAAGGCGUGAGCAGGCAGAGAGGGAGAAGGUUCGAGAUCGCGAGGCUAAGGAAAUUGCCAAGAAAGAAAAAGACCAAGAGAGGCAAGGAGAGAAGGCCAAAAAGCUUCAGGAGAAAAUGGAAGAAAAGGCGCGAAAAGACGAAGAGAAGGCUUCCAAGGCUGAGCAGAAGCGUCAAGCAAAGGAAGAGAAGCGCAGGUCAAAGCACGGAUCAGCUGUUGCAGCGACGUCUGCUUCCCACCCGGGCGAACACACGCAAGAGGUUGACGAGAACCUGGCCAGUCGCGAGGAAGAAAGACGCAGGGAGACCGCCGAAGAAACAGGCUUGGGCGACAGCGGCCCUCCCGUUGAAACAAUUGUCGAGGCAUCCGGCUCGUCCCAGCACAAGGCUGAGGGAUCAACCUCCCCCACUGCAAAGGUAAAAGGUUGGAUCAAGAAUCGAUUUUCUCGCGGCAAGUCUUUUGGCGAGCAGGAUAAAAAGCGUAGAAGUUUCCUUGGUGGUGCCUCCAUGAAGGAUUAUGCCGGCGAAGGCAACGCGGCGAGCAUCGAGAAUCGGUCUGCAAGCAUGUACGAGGUCGCCAUGGCUGGCAAGACCGGUGAGGAACCCAAAACCAAGCACGAAGUUGCCCAAGAGUCUGCUGGUCAUCGGGAGGCAGAGAAGGAUUCAAAUGGUGUUAGCCCUGUCAGUACUCCGUUGGAAGAGGAAUGCGAAUUUUGGGACGAAACGCAGAGCAAAGGAAAGGGCGUUGAGGAAGAUGAGCGACUGAGCCGGAAAGCCAGCCUCGACCCCCCCCGACCCAUUGAGGAUCCCGUUAUUCGCACCGGCAGAAGCCCGACUCGUGACUCGCGAUUCCGGGAAGAGAUGGACCGAUGA